CCAAGACCACCACAUUGCCGCAGCAGCAGCGCUUGCAAUGGCAGCUCGUCUUGUUUGAGCUUCAAAGAAGCGAGGACACGCGCGCAUUGGCGCCGCCGUUCGCGGGCGGCCCUGUAUACCGCCGUCGCCCAUCGCCGGCGCUUGCGUUGGCGGCCUAGCUAAGCUCCCUGCGCCGUCAGGAAGCAAAGCGGCGCCGCGCCGCGGCUAAUGGCGGGUCACCCUCCGAUGCUUCUGCUGCUGCUGGCGGCGGCGGCCGCGCUCCUGGCCGCUGCUCCGCCCGGUGCAAGCGGCAAGUCGAUGCGGUUCGACCUGCUCCGUUUCGAGGGGGCGUCACUCGCCGAGCAAGCAAGCGCGGACCGGGCGCGCGCGGCGUCCAUCUCCGCGCGCGGGCGGCGCCGCGCGGCGGAGACGGCAAGGACCAAGACCAAGGCCGCGCCCGCGGCCGAUGCCUUCGCGAUGCCGCUCUCCUCGGGCGCCUACUCGGGCACAGGGCAGUACUUCGUGCGCUUCCGCGUGGGCACCCCGGCGCAGCCGUUCCUGCUCGUGGCCGACACCGGCAGCGACCUGACCUGGGUCAAGUGCCGCCGCCCCGCCCCCGCCUACGGGGCGGCGUCGAACGACUCCGACUCCUCGUCGCUCUCGGGCUCCCCGCAGCACGGGCGUGUGUUCCGGCCCGAGAAGUCCAGGACGUGGGCGCCCAUCUCGUGCGCGUCCGACACCUGCAAGGCCUCCCUGCCUUUCUCCCUCGCCGCCUGCCCCUCGCCCGGCAGCGCCUGCGCCUACGACUACCGGUACAAGGACGGGUCGGCGGCGCGCGGCACGGUGGGCACCGACUCGGCGACCAUCGCGCUGUCGGGGCGCGCGGCCAGGAAGGCCAAGCUGCGGGGCGUCGUGCUGGGCUGCACCACCUCCUACAACGGCGACAGCUUCCUGGCCGCCGACGGCGUGCUCAGCCUCGGGUACAGCAACAUCUCCUUCGCGUCCCGCGCCGCGGAGCAUUUCGGCGGCCGCUUCUCCUACUGCCUUGUCGACCACCUCGCCCCGCGGAACGCCACCAGCUACCUCACCUUCGGCCCCAACCCGGCGGUGUCAUCCUCCUCCAAGACCGCCUGCGGCUCAUCGGCCGCGCCCGGCGCGCGGCAGACGCCGCUGCUGCUCGACCACCGGAUGCACCCGUUCUACGCCGUGACCGUCAACGGCAUCUCCGUCGACGGGGAGCUCCUCAAGAUCCCGCGCCUCGUCUGGGACGUAGAGAGGGGCGGCGGCGCCAUCGUCGACUCGGGGACGAGCCUCACGGUGCUGGCCAGGCCGGCGUACCGCACCGUGGUGGCAGCGCUGAGCAAGAAGCUCGCCGGGCUGCCGAGGGUGACCAUGGACCCGUUCGACUACUGCUACAACUGGACGUCGCCGUCGUCGGGCGAGGACCUCACCGUGGCUGUGCCGAAGCUGGCGGUGCACUUCGCGGGAUCGGCGCGGCUGGAGCCGCCGUCGAAGAGCUACGUGAUCGACGCGGCGCCCGGCGUGAAGUGCAUCGGCGUGCAGGAGGGGGAGUGGCCCGGGGUGUCCGUCAUCGGCAACAUCCUGCAGCAGGAGCACCUAUGGGAGUUCGAUCUCAAGAACCGACGGCUCAGAUUCAAGAGGUCGCGGUGCACGCAAUGAUUGGGCGGCGCUGAUGGAUCGUUCUUCCCUCCACUUCUUUCGUUUUUUCCUCUUGUGGUGGUGAUCUUGCUGAUUCUUUUUUUUCUUUACCCAAUGUUCAGAUACUAAUGCAAUGAGAAAUGUACCUUCUUGCAAUGCAAAAGUGAUAACUGUAAUGAGUUUCCUUUUCUUUGUUCCACCCUUUUGUUCUUGUCAUUUCAGUGAAUAUAUAUGUUCAGAACUCAUUCGUUCCA